ACACUUGUCCCCAAAGAUCUUUCAGCACUCAGAGGCAUUUCUGAAUAACAGCAAGAGUCAGACAUUUGUUUUGUUGUCGAGCAUAAAGCUUUGGGAAUUCACAUGCCAAGCUCAAGCUCCACCCACCCGGUGCUCUUUUACAAGGAAAUCGAGCGUACGUGACUUUAUCUGUAUAUAAACUCUUUCUAGUUUGCACACAGCCCACAAGUUUGACUGCACAUAUUUACUGGAAGGACCUCCAGUAAAUUGUCUCAGACAUCAUAAACAUUCAUCCUCAAAGGUGCAAAGAUGAACCACUGUGGUCUGCUAACUGCCAAGAAGGAACCAGUUCCUCUGAAGAGCAUUGAAGUGGAGCUGGAGGUGAGGGACCAUGUGGCUACACUGGUCUCCACUCUGCUCUACGAGAACAAGGAGGACAAACCACUGGAGGCUGUUUUUGUCUUCCCUCUGCCUGGAGAUGCUGCUGUCUGUCAUUUCAGUGCUAAGAUUGGACAAACACAGAUUGUAGCUGAGGUGAAGGAGAAACAGAAGGCUCAUGAGGAGUAUGAUGAUGCACUGAGCUCUGGUCAGCAGGCCUUCCUAUUGGAGGAGAGUGAUCAGAGCCCGGAUAUAUUCUCUCUGAGUGUGGGCAGUCUGCCUCCAGGAGAGAGCGCCUCCAUCAGGCUGGAGUACGUCACUGAGCUGGCUGUGCAGGCUGAUGACGGGCUGAGGUUUUGUCUGCCUGCUGUGCUCAACCCUCGCUACGAACCUCAGGGUAGGAAAACCAGACAACACUUUCUGCUUAGUGCACACCACACCUGACCA